AUGACAGAUAUAGAUAUCGACACAAUCAUCAACAGAUCGUUGCAUGCACUUGAGAAUUCUGAAUAUUCUGAGUUUGAUUUAUUGUUGAAUCAAUUGUCCUACUUAAUUAAACAAUCAGUGAACAGCAAUAACAAGACUGCUUCAAAAGAACAAAUCACCCGUAUUCUAGACUAUACACCAAACAAUUUCAAUCAGGUUGAAAGCUUGAGGCUAUAUCGUGGACUACUUAUUUUAGUUAGAAAUUUUGCCCCAUUAUUGGAUAUUGAUUUGUUUCCCAUAGUGGCUAACAGUUUUGAGAAGUUUUUGAAAGCAUUAAAUCAAACAAGUGAAUGGACAGACAGAAUAAUUGAGGUCUAUUGGCAAAUACUAGCCAAUUUCCAGAGAAACGAAUUUACAGAAGUAGCAAAUGAAUUCUUUGGUCAAUGGGAAUCUAAAUAUAAAUGGAAAGAUAUACCAGUGUCGGUGAUGCUGCCAGUUAUUCAUUUCUUAUUUCGUCAAUUCAAUACCCAAGAUCCACAUAUAACUAAUGAAAAUUUGCUCAGCUUAUUGAAACUUUUUGAAACGAAUCAUGUUAUGAAUGCAGUUUACGAAAUUUUUACAAUGAUUGAUUUUGCUGAUACUAAUAAUAUCGGUCAUGACAAUAAAAUGUUUAUUCACCUUCUUUAUGAUAUUAUCACCCACGAGAGUUUUCAAAAAUGGAUUGAACAGCAAAAUGAAGAAGAAACUAUUACUAAAUGGCUUUCUUUGACUUCAGUGAUUGUGCAAACCAAAACUGACUGGAAUAAUUAUGAAUUGAUAGCAUUGCUAUCUUGGAAUGGUUCAUUAUUUAUGAAAUAUGCCCCAUUAAUCAACAGCAAUUGCAACACUACUGUGAAUGGAGAGGAUGAUUUUGGUUAUGUAGAGGAUGAUAUUCUGGCAAUUACUGCUAUUUUUGCUGAAUUGAGUCAAUUUAAUGCCACUAAACAAUACUUUGAACAUUAUGAGGAUUUAUUACCAAAAUUGAUAUUUGUUUUCAAGUGGAUUCACGAUAACAUUGAACCAAUAACAAUAAAAAGUUCGAAAAUUGAAGAAGUGGGGAGAUACUCUUCCGUGAAAACUAAUAUAAUCACAAUAUUAUCAUACCUCAGUUACGAUUCGUUUCAAUUUCAAGAAAAAAUAAGAGAGCUAGGUGGUCUACUGUUGGUGUUAUCUAACUGUAUCAUUGACAAUAAUAAUCCGUUUAUAAAAGAACAAGCAAUUGUAUGCUUAAAAUAUUUAUUACAGAAGAACCCCAAAAACCAACAAUUUGUCGCUGAUUUAGAAGCCAAAAAAGUUGUUGAUGAUCAAGUAUUACUGGAAGUUGGCUAUCAAGUUGAAGUUAUAGAUGGUAAAGUAGCUGUGAAAAGAAAAUAG